AUGACGAGCGAGAAGUGGGGUGCGCGGGAGUGUGACUCCACAGCGAUGGGCGUUCUUGGGCCCCCACCCCCCGCCCGGCUCCCUCAACACAAACUUUCCGUCCCGCUCGCUCCCUCCUCCGCGUCCAGCACCUCCCGCUCCGGCCCGGCUCAUUCCGUGCAUUCCGGCCAUCCCCCUGCCCACGACCCCCCUUCCCGGCCCCCCUCACUACUCCCUCGGGCCCGGCGGAGCGGCCCGGCGGAGCGCCCCCCGGAGCUCGGAGCAGGCUCAGGCCAUCCACGGGGCUCAGGCCCAGAGCCCAGAGCAACCAGCACAAUAGCGUCCAACAGCUGGACCGCCAACAGCAGCCCCGGGGAGGCCCGGGAAGAUGGGUCCGAAGGCCUGGACAAGGGGCUGGACAACGAUGCCGAGGGAGUGUGGAGCCCGGACAUCGAGCAGAGCUUUCAGGAGGCCCUGGCCAUUUACCCGCCUUGCGGCCGGCGCAAGAUCAUCCUGUCCGAUGAGGGCAAGAUGUACGGUCGAAACGAGCUGAUUGCCCGCUACAUCAAGCUGAGGACUGGAAAAACCAGGACGAGAAAACAGGUGUCCAGCCACAUACAGGUUCUAGCUCGGAAGAAGGUUCGGGAAUACCAGGUUGGCAUUAAGGCUAUGAACCUGGACCAGGUCUCCAAGGACAAAGCCCUCCAGAGCAUGGCGUCCAUGUCAUCUGCCCAAAUCGUCUCUGCCAGUGUCCUACAGAACAAGUUCAGCCCACCCUCACCCCUCCCUCAGGCUGUCUUCUCCACGUCCUCAAGGUUCUGGAGCAGCCCCCCUCUGCUAGGACAACAGCCUGGACCUUCUCAGGACAUCAAGCCCUUUGCCCAGCCCUCCUACCCCAGCCAGCCUCCCCUGCCGCCGACGCUCAACAGUUAUGAGUCCCUGGCCCCGCUGCCCCCAGCCGCUGCCUCUGCCGCCUCUGCGCCUGCGUGGCAGGACCGCACCAUCGCCUCCUCCCGGCUCCGCCUCCUGGAGUAUUCUGCCUUCAUGGAGGUGCAACGCGACCCUGACACGUACAGCAAACACCUGUUUGUACACAUCGGCCAGACAAACCCUGCCUUCUCAGACCCACCCCUGGAGGCGGUGGAUGUGCGCCAGAUCUACGACAAGUUCCCCGAGAAGAAGGGAGGGCUGAAGGAACUCUACGAGAAAGGGCCCCCGAACGCCUUCUUCCUUGUCAAGUUCUGGGCUGACCUCAACAGCACGAUCCAGGAAGGCCCCGGGGCCUUCUACGGGGUCAGCUCGCAGUACAGCUCCGCCGACAGCAUGACCAUCAGCGUCUCCACCAAGGUGUGCUCCUUCGGCAAGCAGGUGGUGGAGAAAGUGGAGACCGAGUAUGCGCGCCUGGAGAACGGGCGUUUCGUGUACCGCAUCCAUCGCUCCCCCAUGUGCGAGUACAUGAUCAACUUCAUCCACAAGCUGAAGCACCUGCCUGAGAAGUACAUGAUGAACAGCGUGCUGGAGAACUUCACCAUCCUGCAGGUGGUCACGAGUCGGGACUCGCAGGAGACCUUGCUGGUCAUUGCUUUUGUCUUUGAAGUCUCCACCAGCGAGCAUGGGGCCCAGCACCACGUCUACAAGCUUGUCAAAGACUAGCAUGCCCUGGACCUCCACAGGAUGCCGAUGGACAUCCUCCACACACCUGCCUGCCUGGUCUCCCCGGGUGUGGGUUGGGGGACUUACCCACCCGUGGGUUUCAGGCUGGGACCCAGGCUGCCUCCCUGGCCCCAGCACACACGCUCCCUGCCACUGUCCUGCGCUUUACCAGAGAGAAGAGGGCUCCAUGGUGGGGUGGCUUGCCUGGGUACCGAGCCAGAGAUGACCAGGCUCCACCUGGCCACAAGGGACAUCAUCGUACUGUGGAGGACACCUUGGGGCAUAGUGUAUGGUCGCUGGUCCCUAGGGGAGUGUGGUGGGCAGGUGAGGGUGGCAUAAGACUGGGGAGAGGCAGCCGACACGGAGGCCCUGGUACAAGGCGUCAUGUUGGGGUAUAGGUUGAGAAGGACAGACUUCUUCAUACCUUCUGGGUACCUGUUUACAGGCCCCUUACACAGGUCUUCUAUACCAGACAAAGUGCCAAGAUGGAGGCCCACAGAAGCAGACCCUAGGGUCGGCUAAUUCCCUAGCAGAGCUGGGUACAGAGGCCGGGUAGGGGCUGUGCUGUUGAAUGGUCCCGCUGGGCUGCAGACAGGGCUCUACUUCCUGCUCUUUGUAGCACAGCAGCCACUAGGCAUCCUUUCUGUAUCCUGAAGACAGGUGGCUGCCUGCCCUCUCCACAUCCAGGUCCUAAGGUCACCUGGGUAUUUAUGAGUUUCAAAUGAAGUACUGUGCCUUUCCUCACCCAGCCCGAGCUUCCUGAAGGUCACCAUUGCUUACUGCUCCGGCCACCUCCAGCCCCACCUAGGUUUUAUAACAAUGUAUUAUAUAUAUAUUUUUGUGUAUUUUUAAAAUCCAGCUGUGAUGGGCUAUAUAAUAAAUGGCUCAAGGCAGGGGCCGCUCAAGGCCCGGCUCCUGCCUUUGAAUAAAAUUACAAAGCUGUUUCUGGGUCAAGACAGUUGUGCCAUAUGCAACAUUGUACCCUGCCUAGAUAUGAUGCAGGGAUGCUAGGAAGGGCCACCGUCACUGACAGCUACUGUGGCCUGCUGAACUGGCAAACCCGGGGGUUUGCUGCUGCCAAGUGUACAGAUGAUGCUGGGCCACCUACAGGCCUUUAGAUAACCGACCCCUGCCACCCACAAAGGCUGGGAUGACUCUGGAGUACUCUCAAGGCACCUGUCCUCAGGGACACCUGCAUUCACUGGCCUGCUACUAAGCUCACAGGUUUGUGCCUCCCCUUCAGCCCUCAAGUCCCUCUGGCUUUGAGGGGCUGCCCAAGAAAGGUGCUACGUGGAUGCGGCAGUAGGCAGGAACUCAUAUCCAUGGCAGAAAUGGCCAAUUGCUUGAAGCCCUUACUGAGGUAUUCCUGCCUGUCACUGCCAGAGAGUUCCCCUAACAUCAAUGGCCAAAGCCACAACAACCCACAGUGAAAUUAGCUUGGGAACUUCACUUUCUACCCGUGAGGGUGAGUAUAGGAUGAGGUGCAGUGUGAAUUUGAGACACCAAAAUAUGGAGGAAAAAAAAA